AAACGUGUCGCGUAAAGGUUAGGUCGGGCAUCCGCUCUCGCUCGUUAGCGCUGCUUUUCAGUAACAUUGCUGACAACAUAAAUUUUCUCUGCAAGGCUGGCAAUAUCACCGUUUGACAGCCGUGAUGCAACGAUUGGCAUUUACUUACUGCUUUUGUAACUCAUGUCGCAUUAAUUUUUUACGUCAUCCAGAGCCAGAGAUAAUGCGGAAAGUUGUUAAAAUUUGGAAGUGCUCGUUUUAAGAUCUUGAUAGAUUAUUCAUUCAAUAUUUUUUUGUCAUGACAAAGAAAUACAUUGACAACAAGCAGAAGGAAUGUCAUGUAAUACCUGUCAAAAGAAUUUUUCGUUCUUCACAAAAGACAUUGGUUGCCCAAGUUGUGGCUUUUCUUCCUGCAGUAAGUGUCUCAAGUAUAAAUGUGAUAUUCCCAAUAUAGGGAUAAAGAAAGUUUGUGGACGUUGUUACAAUAAAUUGAACAGAAUGAAGAAUUCAAGUUCCGAAGACAAUAUUCAUGAAGUUUCAAUGUCUAAUACAAGUUUAGAACCACUUGCACCUAUUGACAUUACUAUGAAAUUGAAUUCAUUAGAAAAUCCUGUAAAACCUCCAAUAGUAAUAUAUAAGCAUGCAAAUCGCUGGGACAUACUUAAAAAGGGAUUAGAACCUGCUGACCAACAAAUUGUAGACAGAUUACAAAAAUUGAAAGACAAAGAUUACAACUUUCCAGUGCCUACUAUUGAUGAGAUAAAACAAAGACUAGCACUGUUGAAGGAUCAAGAUCCACAGGCCAGUGGAAGUAAUUUCAUAAAUAUAAAUCAAGUGGAUACUAGGACAGAUCAAGAGAAGGCGGAUGAUUUAAUUCAGGAGUAUCUCGCAGAAAUAGAAUUGCCUUCGACCAGUGAUCUUUAUAAAGAAAUUCAAAUGAGAAUGGAUUUCUCACCAAAUGAUGAGUUAGUUACCAAAGUUUCAGCAAUGGAAAUAGAGACUCCUCCAAAUAUGGAAGAUGAGGAUGAAAAUGAGGAUGAAGAUGAAAAUGAAAAUGAAGAUGAAGAUGAAGAUGAAGAUGAAAAUAAAGAGGAAGACGAGUAUGAACCUAGUAAUGAAUGUUUAAUAUGUUCGCGAACUGCAGAUGAAUUGGAUCUGUAUAGAUGUACAGGUUGUAAAGGUGAUCUUUACUGUUCUACAUGCUUUGAAAGUUUCCAUGAUGAUUUUGAAAUAGAGAAGCAUAAGGCAAUUCGCUUUGUCAAGCAAGACGAAAAAGAUAAAUUGUCUUCUCCAAAAAUGAGCCUUAUACGAAAAUUAUUAACAUCAGAUUCUCAGAAGAAUAAUCAUUGAUAACAGUAUUGUAUAAAAACAUAAAAAAGCAUUUUAUGUGGACUUUUAUGCAAAUUACAUUAUUGGUUGAGCUACAAUCCAAUAUUUUACAGACAUAAAACUAUAAUCUGUAAAUAUUUGUAACAAACGUACAACACAAAUCAUUUAAAAAUUUUUCUAUUUGUUUAAUGCAAAUCUUUCGAAACUAGUAUAAAGUUUCUGAAAAUACGCUUUAUCGCUUUUGGCUGUGUCGUUUUAUAAUUACGAUAAUUCUUUUACUAAUUUAUGUCUUAGUUGUACUAUUAACCUUCUAAUAUUUUAAUAUUCUACAAGAUAGAUAUAAAAAAAAUACACGCGCAUAUAAAUAGAGAUAGACAUAAGUGAUAAUGUAAAUGAUCAUCAUAGAAACGUCGAUCUUUACAAUUCUGCAAAAUAAGCAAAUAAAGUUAUUUUGGCUACUUA